AUGGAGAAUAGAUCUAAUUUGAUUGAUGAGAUGAUUAUGAAAAACGAAAGAUCAUCAAAAUCUCUUGAUGUUUCUUUUGAGGAAACGAAGUCCUUUGAUCCUCCACAUUUAGCGGUCGUAAUUGUUGGUGAUCGCAAGGACUCAUUAGCCUAUGUGAAGAAGAAAGUGGAAACUUGCCAAAAACUGGAAUUAAGUCCUCAGUACACCGGCUACCGUCAACAACGAUACCAUUCGAAGGAUGUUGAUGGGCUUCAUCCUCACAAUAUGGGGUGCCUGGCGUCUUCAGACCCUCUUUGCGAACAAAGCCAGGCGCAAUCAAGUGAGAAGCAACAAAUCCAAAUGGAAAUGAUCAAUGAGAUAGAACGCUUGGGAAAGAUGGAAUCGCAUCAUUUUUUCUCUCCUUGCACGGCAAAGGGGGUCGUUGAACUGCUUCUUCGCAGUGGAGUAACGAUUGCCGGCUCGAACGUCACUGUGGUGGGACGCUCUCUGCUCGUUGGUCUUCCUGUUUCUCUGCUUUUUACAAAAACAUCACGCAACCGUCACGAUGUGUCACUCAAAGACUGA